UCAGUGUGCCCUGAUGAUCAGUGUAGCCCCAGCAGUGCAACCUGUCAGUUGCCCAUCAGUGCCACAGCAAUGCCACAUAUCAGUGCCUAUCAGUGCACAUCAAUGCCACAUAUCAGUGCCCAUCUGAGCUGCCUUUCAGUGUCAGCUGUCAGUGCCACCUAUCAGUGCUGCCAAUCAGUGCCACCUAUCAGUGCUGCCAAUCAGUGCCACCUAUCAGUGCGCAUCAGUGCUACCUAUCAGUGCCAGUCAGUGCCACCUAUCAGUGCGCAUCAGUGCCACCUAACAGUGCCAGUCAGUGCCACCUAACAGUACCAGUCAUUGCCGCCUAUCAGUGCCAGUCAGUGCUGCCUAUCACUGCCACCUAUCAGUGCCGCCUAUCAGUGCC